UCUUCACCCUCAAAGACACCAUACCUAACAACUCUACUCCUUUAACGCGUCCCCACAAAACUAUAUAUACACACAAAGUGUUAUCACAUCUUAUCAUCUUAUUAUCAAGUGCUAUCCAAUUCUACAUUUGCGGUACUAACAUUCUUGUGUUGCCUGUCAAUGAUUAAUUGCAACGUAUAUGAACGCAUAUUCAAGCGUUUUGAUGAAGAUGGUGAUGGGAAACUCUCUCCUUCGGAGCUUCGACGCUGCGUGGGGACGAUAGGGGAGGAACUACUGACGGAGGAGGCUCAGGAGGUGGUGGAGUCGAUGGAUUCGGACGGGGAUGGGUUGCUGGGAUUGGAGGAAUUUGUGGGGUGGAUGGAGAGAGAGGAUGAAGAGAGAAAGAUGGAGGAGUUGAGAGAGGCCUUUGGGAUGUACGAGAUGGAUGGGAGUGGGUGUAUCACUCCCAAGAGCUUGAAGAGGAUGCUGAGCAGAUUGGGGGAGUCACGAAGUGUGGAGGAGUGCAGUGUUAUGAUCAGGCAAUUUGAUGUAAAUGGGGAUGGGGUUCUGGGCUUUGAUGAGUUCAAGCUCAUGAUGCUGUGAUGCUUCUUAAGAAAAAGUGAAUGUGCUAUUCUUUUUAGGUAGAAAAAGAUUGAUUUGUAAACCAAGAUUCUUUCUACAUAAAACAGAGGAAUCUAUUCAUUCAUUCAUUCAUUUAUUUAUAUUUGCGAAGUUAAUGAGUCUAAA